AUGGUCAACGGACGACCAGCCAAGAGGCGGAGGGUCACGCCACCCAUUGACGACGACGUCCCUUCUGAAACCAUACAGGCAUCUGAUCUGCUGAGCAGAGUAGCCGAUUGGGAUCUUGAACAGGCGUACGAGCAGAGGACGCGGAAGAAGCAAGCCAAGGAGACAACAAGACUGCCCACCAAGUCUCAAGAAGGCCUUCUAUUGCAAGCUCAGUCCUCGGCGCUCCCGGAGGACAGCGAUCAGGACAGUUUCCUACAAUCAGGCAGUGAAGAUGAGGCUGCGAAUGGGCUAGUCACGCCGCCCUCCGAGGUCGAGAUACAGCCGACGAUACCGGUCCGGCAACAAGUACUGGAGGCCAAAGAAGAGAUUGCUCGGCUGGCUGGCCUACUGAACGAGAACCCAGAAGAGCAUGCCAGCGCAUUCAAGAAGCUGGCACAACUAGGGGAUCACGCUCCAGUGCCGGUACAGAAAUUGGUGCUUGCGGCUCAGGUCGCUGUGUAUAAGGACGCGAUUCCAGGAUAUCGGAUACGCGCAUAUCGAGACGAGGAUCUGGGCAACAAGGUCUCGAAGGAAGUCCGGCAGACACGCCAGUACGAGCAUUCUCUGGUCACCAAUUACGGCAGCUAUGUCAAGCAUUUGGCAUCGCUGGCAAAGCCAAAGGCUGACGACGCCGACGCUAUUUCAUUGCAGACAGUAGCCGUCAGUUGCGCCUGUUCACUGCUCCUUGCAGUACCUCACUUCAACUACAGAACAGAACUUCUUGGGAUUCUUGCUCAACAAUUACUGAGUCGGGAGCCUACGCCAGACUUUGUCAAGUGUAUCGAGACUGUCAAGGGCCUGUUCGACUCUGACGACGAUGGUGCCACUUCCUUGGAGGCGGUCAACAUUAUUUCCAAGAUCAUGCGAGCAAAAGAUUUCCGAGUGCGAGCAGAAGUUGUGGACUGCUUCCUUCAUCUUCGGCUCUUGACCGAAUUGGCGCCUGUGCAAUCGAGGACGGAAGGCAGUGGGCCUCGACCGAUGGAGACUGUUCAUGGGAAGAAGGUCAAGAAGCAAAAGUGGGAACAUCGAUCGAAGAAAGAGAAGAAGAUCGCGAAAGAAAGAAAAGCCGUUGAGAAGGAUAUGCGAGAAGCAGAUGCGAGCGUCAACUUUGAGGAGCGAGAGAAGAUGCAGUCAGAAGCCCUGAAGGCCGUCUUUGCGACAUAUUUCCGCAUCCUCAAAGCCAGGACCUCGCAACUGAUGGGUGCUGUCUUGGAAGGAUUGGCCAAAUACGCACAUCUGAUUAACCAAGACAUGUUUGGCGACAUUCUUGAGGCACUGAAAGACAUCGUUAAGCAGGCUGAAGAGGAUACCGAGAAUACCGAGGAUACUGAGGAUGCUGCAGACGAGGGCGGACGCAAUUUCACGCGAGAGUCCUUAUUAGCAACACAGACGGCCUUCACACUUCUGUCACAGCAAGAUGUGGCAAAGUCAGCCGGAUCUCUCCAAUUGGAUCUCUCAUUCUUCUCAUCGCACAUCUACCGAACGCUGUACAGUCUCGGGCUUGAUCCAGACAUUGAAUUGGGCCCAAAGAGUCUAAGACUCGAUCAUCCUGAGAAUCAGGCAACUCAACGCAACAGGGUCAACGUUUCAACUCCGAUGCUUCUGCUUGUCAGGGUAAUGAAGUCGAUCCUUCUGACGCCUUCGCAGCCUCCGCCUACCAUGACAGCCACGGCUUUCUAUAAGCGACUACUCUCGAUUUCUCUUCAGCUGCCAGAAAAGUCUGCUCUGGCGGUUCUCAACUUGAUGGAGCGCAUUGCGGAUAGACAUGUUCGGAAAAUCGAAGCACUAUGGUAUAGCGAUGAGCGGAAGGGGGACGGAGUCUUCCAUGGUGAGAGUGAUACGAUUGAAGGUACCAACAUAUUGGCUAUGGGCACUGGUGUGUGGGAGCAGGAGCUUCUCAGGAAACAUUACUGUCCGAAAGUGAGGGAGCAGGUCGUCAUCAUCGACAAAAUUGUCUCGAAAAACGCUCAGAAGUAG